AUGCGCGUAGGUUAUUUAGCGUUGUCACGUGUGACAUUUGUUGGCGUCGCCGCCAGAAAAGGAUUAGAUACUUCCUAGCGAAAAUGUCCACUGCUAUGAACUUCGGGUCCAAAACGUUUAAACCUCGUCCCCCGGAGAAGGGCUCGUUCCCUCUGGAUCACUUCGGUGAAUGCAAGCCAUUCAAAGAAACGUUCAUGAAGUGUCUACGUAACAACAGAUUUCAGAGUGGUUUGUGCAGAGAAGAAUCCAAGGAAUAUCUGGAAUGCAGAAUGGAAAGGCAGCUAAUGGCUAAGGAACCCCUGCAGAAGCUUGGUUUCAAAGAUCUUAUAAAUGAGGAGAAAUCAGAAGAAAACAACAGCUUAUAGAAGCAGCAAGCUACUCUGGACUUACUAUGAUCAUUUUUUUUAGAAAACUUUAUUUAUACAGUAGAUAAUUAAUUACAGAGGCCGUUCUAUAAGCUCUGAGUUUUUGACCUUCCAUAUCUUGCAAUAAGAAUGGUACAUAUGUAUAAACAAAAUGAUUAUGUAAAUACCCAUAAGCUUCAGCUCAUCAGUGACUUUUCAACCUGUUAUGGGGACACUGCACCAUAUUAAUUCGGUUUAAAGGAAAACUAUACCCCCCAAACAAUGUAGGUCUCUAUUAAAAGAUACUGAGUAAAACAGCUCAUGUGUAAAACCCUGCUUCAUGUAAA